AUGGCAGACUCAACUAUUGACCAGCCUGUGAUUCGCAAUGGAUCACAAGGUUAUCGUGUUCCCCUGCUUAUCAACGAUUCUCCAGUUUUAAGAGAGGAUGAUACUUCACGACAUCAGUCCUUUGAAGGAGGGUAUUUCCAGGGCGCUGAUCUAUCUGAUUGCGCGGCUGCUGUGGAGAGUUGUAGCAAAGCAUUCUUGACUUGGUCCACAACUUCUCCGACCCAUAGGCGCCGUCUUCUCUUGCGUUUGGCACUGGUACUCAAGAACCAUCAGGAUGAGGCUCGAAAUAUUAUGAAGUCAGAGAUACACUGCAACGAUGAAUGGGCUUCCAUUGGUGUUACCACCAGCAUCGAUCUGAUCGAACAGACUUCGUAUCUCCUGACGGCCGGUAGCAUGAGCGGCAGCAUCCCACAUACCCAACCUGAAGGGUCAUACGGCUUAGUGUUUACUCGUCCUUUGGGAGUUAUUCUGGGUAUUGCUCCUUGGAACUCGCCUCUCUUCUUGGCCCUUCGAGCGGUUAUUGCCCCACUGGCUGUUGGAAACACCGUUAUUCUCAAGGGAUCUGAGCUUAGUCCUCGGAUACAUCACUUCGUCGCCGGGUUGUUCGCAAAAGCUGGCUUCCCUCCAGGCGUCGUCAACUUCAUCCUUCAUCGACCUCAAGAUGCCCCUGAGGUAGUUAAUUAUCUCAUCCGAGACCCUGCUGUCAGAAAGGUCAACUUCACUGGCUCAACGCCAGUUGGGCGCAGUAUUGCUGAGCAAGCGGGACGGGCUCUGAAGCCGGUAUUGCUGGAACUUGGUGGCAAGAACUGCUGCAUCGUCCUGAAGGACGCAGACAUUGGUCGUGCAGCAGAAGCAGCUCUUGCAGGAGCAUCACUAAAUGGCGGACAGAUAUGCAUGUCUACAGAUCUUGUCCUCGUGGAAAAGGAUGUCGUAGAUGAGUUUCGUGCCGAGCUUACAAAACAGCUACAAAGCAGGAAUGGGUCCGCGUAUCGACUUGUUGGACCAAAGAGCCACGCGCGAGUACAAGCUUUGGUCUCCGAUGCAGAAGCCAAGGGAUCUUCUGUAAACUCUUCUACGGACCACCAAACCGACUCAAAGUUGAUACCCAUUACGAUCCUCGAUAAUAUCAACAGCUCUAUGGACUUCUUACGCACAGAGAGUUUCGGUCCCUGUCUUGGAAUCGUCGCGGUCUCUGACGGGGACGAGGCGGUCAAGAUUGUCAACGAUAGUGAUUACGGGCUGUCUGGUGCGAUAUGGACACGGAAUCAGUACGCAGCUUUGGAAAUGGCGCGUCGUCUUCAAGUUGGAGCGGUGCAUAUCAACUCGUCUACUGUUCAUGAUGAAGCGACUUUGCCUCAUGGAGGAACGAAGCAGAGUGGAUUUGGAAGAUUUGGUGCGGAAUGGGGGCUGAAGGAGUUUGUUGAGACGCAGACGGUUAUCAUGCACCCGUGA